AUGGGACAGAGAAACAAUGUCACAGAAUUUGUCCUCCUGGGCCUCACUCAGGAUCCUGCUGGGCAAAAAGCAUUGUUUGUCAUGUUCUUACUCAUGUACAUUGCGACAGUAGUGGGAAAUCUGCUCAUUGUGGUGACAAUAAUUUCCAGCACCUCCUUGGGCUCCCCAAUGUACUUCUUCCUUGCCUACCUGUCACUCAUGGAUGCUGUUUAUUCCACUGCCAUAUCACCCAAGUUGCUUAUGGACUUACUCUGCAGCACAAAGACCAUCUCCUUCACAGCUUGCAUGGGCCAGCUCUUUGUAGAGCAUUUAUUUGGUGGUGCUGAAGUCUUUCUUCUGGUGGCCAUGGCCUAUGAUUGGUACGUGGCCAUCUGUAAGCCACUGCACUACUCAACCAUCAUGAACAGACGGGUUUGCAUCCUUCUGAUGUUGAUGUCCUGGGCUGGAGGAUUUUCACACUCUGUGGUUCAAGUUCUCUUUGUGUACAACCUCCCUUUCUGUGGUCCCAAUGUCAUUGACCACUUUGCCUGUGACAUGUAUCCAUUAUUGGGACUUGCAUGCAUUGACACCUACUUCAUUGGCCUCACUGUGGUUGCCAAUGGUGGAGCCAUCUGUUUGGUGGUCUUUGUCCUUCUCCUAGUCUCCUAUGGAAUUAUUCUAAACUCUCUUAAGAAGCACAGUCAGGAAGGGAGGCGCAAAGCCCUGUCUACCUGUAGCUCCCACAUCAUGGUGGUGGUUCUAUUUUUUAUUCCCUGUAUUUUCAUGUAUAUAAGACCUGUUUCCAACUUUCCAAUUGAUAAAUCCCUGGCUGUUGUUUAUACAAUUGUCACUCCCAUGUUGAAUCCUUUAAUAUACACCUUGAGAAAUUCAGAGAUGAAAAAUUCUAUGAAAAAACUUUGGUGUGAAAAGUUAUCUAUGGUGAAGUUGAGAAUAGUCUCAUGUUUAUUGGCAGUCUAG